CCACGCGCGCGCCUGCGGGCGGUGGGACUGCCCGGCGGGCCCCGCCCCGGCCCGGUGAUUGAUCGGCAGUGAUUACUGAGGCUUUAAUGGUCCGCGUGCACGGGAAUUUAUUCCACGAUGGAUAAAUAAUGCAUCGAGGUUUAUGUAGUCCGAGGCGAGCCGUCCGUCCGUGCAGAGCCAGGAGAGGCCGACGAGGGAGCGGAGCCAGCGGGGCGUGAGGGGCGACUGGGCGCCAGGAAGAGCAAAGGGAAGUGGAUGACAGCAUGAUCGGCCCCGCGGGGCUGGCCGGGCACCUGCGGGAACAUGCUGAGCCCGAAGAUCAGGCAGGCCAGGAGGGCCCGCUCCAAAAGCCUGGUGAUGGGGGAGCAGAGCCGGAGCCCCGGGCGGCCGCCGUGUCCCCACGGCGCCGGCCCCGUGCUGAAGGCCGGCUGGCUGAGGAAGCAGAGGAGCAUCAUGAAAAACUGGCAGCAGCGCUGGUUCGUGCUGCGCGGGGAGCACCUUUUCUACUACAAGGACAAAGAGGAGACCAAGCCGCAGGGAUUUAUUUCUCUACAAGGGACCCAAGUGACCGAACUUCUUCCUGGCCCCGAGGACCCAGGGAAGCACCUCUUUGAGAUCAGCCCAGGUGGUGCCGGGGAGCGGGAGAAGGUGCCGGCCAACCCGGAGACGCUCCUGCUCAUGGCCAGCUCCCAGCGUGACAUGGAGGACUGGGUGCAGGCCAUCCGCCGGGUCAUCUGGGCCCCGCUUGGCGGAGGUACUGCCCGUAGCUCGCGUGCCCGCCCUCUAGAACCCUUGCCUCCAGGGAUCUUUGGGCAGCGCCUGGAGGACACAGUCCACCAUGAGCGGAAGUAUGGCCCCCGCCUGGCCCCGCUGCUGGUGGAGCAGUGUGUGGACUUCAUCCGGGAGCGCGGGCUCACCGAGGAGGGGCUCUUCCGCAUGCCAGGCCAGGCCAACCUGGUGAGGGACCUGCAGGACUCCUUUGACUGUGGAGAAAAGCCACUGUUUGACAGCACAACGGACGUGCACACGGUGGCCUCCCUGCUGAAGCUCUACCUGCGGGAGCUCCCCGAGCCUGUGGUCCCCUUCGCCAGGUAUGAGGACUUCCUCAGCUGCGCCCAGCUGCUCACCAAGGACGAGGGGGAGGGGACUCUGGAGUUGGCUAAACAAGUGAGCAACCUUCCUCAGGCCAAUUACAACCUGCUUAGAUAUAUCUGCAAGUUUCUGGAUGAAGUUCAGUCCCACUCAAACGUCAACAAGAUGAGCGUACAGAACUUGGCGACUGUUUUUGGACCUAACAUUCUACGACCACAGAUAGAGGACCCAGUGACCAUCAUGGAAGGCACCUCACUCGUGCAGCACCUGAUGACCGUCCUCAUCCGCAAGCACAGCCAGCUCUUCACCGCCACGGCCCCGCCAGGGCUCGCGUCCCCGCGUGGGGGCCCGCAGUGCACAGUGGGCUGGGGCUCCGAGGAGGUCACGAGGGACAGCCAGGGAGGGCCCGGCGGCCCCGCUCUGCCCGCGCACAGGACCUCGUCUCUGGACGGGGCUGCCGUGGCCGGGCUGUCCAGGGCCUCCUCCACGGGGCUCGGCAGCUGCCCCGCAGCCACCGGCCCUGCGAAGAAGGUGCAGACUCUGCCGGGCUGGAAGUCGUCCUUCCGGCAGCCGGGGUCCCGGUCCGGGAGCCCGAAGGGGGGCGGCUCGUCCCUGGAGGUGCCCAUCGCCUCCUCGGGCGGGAACUGGCUCAUGAACGGGCUGUCCUCGCUGCGCGGCCACCGCCGGGCCUCGUCGGGAGACCGGCUCAGGGACUCGGACUCCGCGCAGAGACUCUCCACCUACGACAACGUGCCGCCGCCCAGCCUGGCGCCCAGCACCCCCAGCGCGGCCAGCAGCGCCUGGUCCGGGGCGUCGUCGGGCGAGGCCUCGGCGCGGGGCUCGCUCAGCAGCUGCACGGCCUGCCGCGCCAGUGACUCGUCCGCCCGCAGCUCGCUGCACACCGAGUGGGCCCUCGAGCCGUCCCCGCUGCCCAGCGACAGUGAGGACCGCGGCUCCCCGGGCCGGGGCCCCAGCGCGGACGAGGCGGGCGGCAGCCGCGAGCCCAGCGAGCCGGGCAGCCCGGGCCGGGAGCGCGCGCGCCGCUGCGAGGCGCUGCAGGGCCUGGUCGCGGAGCUCAGGGCGGAGCUGAGCCGGCAGAGGACUGAGUAUGAGAUGAGCAUGAAAAGACUCGAGGAAGAUAGUGCCGACCUGAGGAAGCGCAUGUCCUGCUUGGAGGAAGAGCUGGAGCAGGAGAAGAAAAGGUACAUCCUGCUGGAGAUCAAGCUGCGGAACUCCGAGCGGGCGCGGGAGGACGCCGAGCGGAGGAACCAGCUGCUGCAGAGGGAAAUGGAGGAGUUUUUUUCCACCCUGGGAAGCUUGACUGUUGGGGCAAAAGGUGCCAGAGCCCCCAAAUAAAAGGAAGGGCAGAGCUCCCUUCUGUGUUGUCUGCUGGCCUCCCGCC